UGUUCGAUACACACCAAAUCUGCCUCCGCCACUUGAGGCCCCUUGUGCAUCUGCUACCAUGACUUCCAGCACCGCCUUCAAGACCUUCUCGCUAGCGAACGAGAUAUUUGAAGUUUCACCUCAAGAUGAGAUAUAUGACUUUGAUGUCGAGGCUAACAAGCGGAUAAACCGGGAGGCACCAUGGGACAAGGACCCGCAAUACUUUAAAUCAUGCAAGAUCUCAGCCGUUGCUUUGAUAAAGAUGGUCAUCCAUGCACGUUCAGGAGUGCCGCAUGAGAUCAUGGGACUCAUGCAAGGCAAGGUGAUGGGCAACUCACUGGUCAUCAUGGACUCCUUCGCACUUCCUGUGCAGGGCACGGAGACGCGUGUUAACGCUGCGAAUGAAGCUAACGAGUACAUGGUAAAGUAUAUUCAAGAGAGCGAGAAGGCCAAAAGAUUGGAGAAUGCCAUUGGCUGGUAUCACUCUCAUCCAGGCUAUGGGUGCUGGCUUUCCGGAAUAGAUGUGGACACCCAAAUGAAUAACCAGCAGUUCCAGGAUCCUUUCGUGGCUGUCGUAAUUGACCCCAAUCGCACAAUCUCUGCUGGCAAAGUCGAUAUUGGUGCCUUCCGCACGUAUCCACCAAAUUAUACGCCUCCUCACAUAUCAGCUUCCGAAUAUCAGUCCAUUCCCCUGAACAAAAUCGAAGAUUUUGGUGUGCAUGCGAACCAAUACUACCCACUAGAUGUGGAGGUGUUCAAAUCGAGCUUGGACACUGAGCUGCUCGGUCUGUUAUGGAACAAGUACUGGGUCAACACACUCAGCCAGAGUCCGUUGAUUUCAAACCGGGCGUAUGCAGUGUCACAGAUUGUAGAUUUGCAUCAGAAACUCUCGAAGGCCCAGACCUCUGUUUCCAGCACACGAGCACCCGUGCCAACACUGAAGGGUCAGGAUGAGAAGGCAUCAAGUGCACCCAAGAAGGAAGAAAAGAAGAAAGAAGACAAUCAACUUGCGAAGGGUGUGAAGGAUAGUUCAAAAAUUGCCGCAGAGGCUCAGCAUGGGUUGAUAUCUCAGGUAUUGAAAGAUAUCAUUUUCUCUUCCCGACCAAGUCAGCAUGCAGGGGCCACUCGCGUCACGGAGAUGAUAGACACUGCAAUGACUGUCGAAUAGAUCUGCAUUUUCUGGACAUUCCUUCUGUAUCAGUUGUAAAGCAUACUGCACCCUUUAUAUCAUUACGAAGAGUCUACCUGCGACCAAUUACAACUUCAAUUGAGAGAC